AUGCCGCUGAAUAUUAUUCGGGGCCUCUUCAGAGGUGCAACGCGUGGAGUAAUGACGGGCAAGAGGGGAAACAAGAACUUUUACAAAGGUAAACGCUCACUUAUUCUAAUUAAUGUGGUAAAGAUUAUAAACUCUUCCGAUCGGCGGAUGGCUGCGCUUUGCUCUUCUAGGCGGUAAUACCAGGCAGAAAAGACUGCAGGAAAGUAAUGGGCAAAAUAUUGGUGGCAGGGGAGCGCGUAAAUCUUGGGGUAAGGGGGCCAGGAGAGAAGCCCUCAUGGGGGGAGACAAGAUCAAGUGAUCACUAGUACCUGGGUGAGCCACCCCGGACAGGAACCCUGAUCAGUCUCCAGGGGGUGAGGCCUAUAUCCCCCAGUCACUAGGAACUAAGGGGAACCAGGAGUGGGGCGGGGGGGGUCCUCCUGGGUGGACUACAGAUCAGGUGAAACUGGGGUUCCACUCCCUGGAGUGGAUAUCUUGAAGGGAAAGCCUGAAUUACAGUUGUUUCACCACAAGUUGUUUUGAUGCAUCAUAAAUUUGAUUCACUGCAACCAACUUUUUGUAUUAAACAGCUAAAAACAAUUUAGGAUGAACUACAAAUGGGUAAUAACGAGUAAAGUCAGCAAAACGACUUUAUAACUUUGCGGGGAAUCCACUUCAUUAUACAGCGAAAUGACUUUGUAGUGACAUGAUCAUACUUUGUAAGCCUUACGUUGUGGUAAAGUGCAACCAGGGUUUGCACUUUAACUGCUUCUAUUGUGCGCAUUAAACUUCAUGCCUGCAUAAUAACUCAAUAAUUAUUCAAAUAUGCACAUUCCUGGAGAUUGUAAUACUUUUACAUCAGGGGAAAAGACCUCAAAGUCCUUGACUUCAUCUGCACAUGGCUAGAAGCUGUCAUUUUGCAUCAGGGACAGCAGCCUGCAAUGUGCUUGUUUUGGGCAUUUUUUUCUUUCUUUAUGGCCAGAUGGCUCCACUAGUGCCAAACAGCAUUUGUUGGCAAAAUGUCCAGGGACAAAUGGGCCAAUGGGAAUUAUGGGUGGCAAACAGUGAGAACUUAAAAGAGGGUUAAAUAAAGAAAUUGUUUUUCACUUUUUAUACUGUAGGCCGUGGGGUCAGACCUCCAGGUUAUCAUACAAGAAGAGGUAAGAUCAUGUCGGGGUUCCUGUGUUGUAAUGGCCCUUCUCUGUAGCUUGCUGCUCCUUCUGCCUUGUCAUGGACUGUACUAAUAAACUAAGAGGGAAAAAAGAGCAAUUUCAGCUGGAUUAUUCCUGUUCUGUUUUGUCUAUAUACUUGCCAAAAUGUUUUUGUGGAGAACCGAUUGUAUCUGAAGAUAUGUACAUGGAUUCCAAAGAGUUCUGAAGUUCAUAAGAAAUGGCUAUGACUCAGACAGACUUCUAAGAUUAUAAGAAAUUUGGGGGAAAGAACUGUCUUUCACAUGUACUUUUAGUUUCCUAUUGAUUCAAGAUUAUUUAUUUUACAUAUAUUUUGAGAACAGGUCUAAGCUGAGGUUUAAAAGCUCAAAUGUUUCUACCACCAGUGGCCCACUAAUGUGAGCUACCAUGACAACAAAGUUUACAGUGUACAGGCCAGAAGCUGUUGUUAAAAGUGUAUAAGACAUGAAAACAUUUUUUCUGCUUUUUUUUUUGGCUAAAAUUGAAGAAAUUUUUUAAAGCGAAACAUUUUUGAAGCACAUCAGCUUUUUAAAUUUCAUAACUAUGAACAGGUACUCUUUUACUUUUUAACAAUCCUGUGAACAACCACCUGCUUUUACUUCUGUACUGGACACAGAUGAUGUAAUACAAAGGACCUCUUAGUUUUCUGUUAAGGGUGUUUAAAUCUCUUUGGCACUGUGAGUCACAAUACGUCAGUCACUGGCAGCAACAGUCCUAUUCUGGACUAUGUUCAUGUGACAAUCAUGCUCAACCUACUGUUUGGUAUUGUUUCAUGGUUUUGUUUUUUUGUUUUACGUCAUCUGUAUGCUGUACAGGAAGUACAGAUGUAAAUGCUCAACCACCUGCAUGUAAGUCAUUCAAUUCGUUGCUUAAAACUCAGACUACACAUUGUUCUUAAAGAUCUUUUCCUCCUGGAUUGCAAAUUACCUCUGUAGCACUUUGCAUCAGUGGAAUUAUAUCUUUUUUUAGGUGGAUACAGAAUUGUUUACAAGAAAGUGCCAGAGUUUAUUGUCCCAGAUUUGACAGGCUUUGAGGUAAUUCAGUUAUAUUAAAGCAGAGGUAUUUCCAGGGCAAAUUCUAUCAUCAGGGGUGAAGAAAUUAAAGACAGGGGAAGAAGAUAUUGGUCAUAUGCGUCAUCUUAACGUGAAUGUAAAAACCAGUGGUUAAACGUUUUAGAACGUUGGUAUCUUUUAGCGGUUAAUGCACCCAGAUUGGUCCCUUUAAGGGUUUACCUUCCACAUCCCAAAAGUGACCAACAUCAAUUUCUCCUAACAACGUAAUUACAAAAUCAAUGGAAAAGGUUACGGCAAUUGUCAUGAGUAAAUUAUAACUAAAGGGAAAAUGCUUUGAUCUUUGAUCAACUUCUCUCAACUAAUUUUUCUGUGGGAAUGGCUGGAGAUCAGUCUGGAAUGGAGUUUUUUGCACGUUCAUAUUGUGGCUUUGUAAGUUAAAACAAGGAAAAAAGCCCAGGAGGCAAGGUUGAAUUCAAUGUUCCAACUAGCAGCCCUGUCCCCCAGGGGGUACUCCACAUUUUAAAUGAUGCAGAUGAUCGAUUUUUGGUGGUUUGAAAUUUUUGAUCCCGGGAUUUUUUUGGGUGGGAAAAUGUGGCUGGAAUUUUUUUUCGUGGCUUGAUUUAAGUAGGGAUUUUUUAUUCAAAACAAUCUGAAGAUUCGUGGUAGUGCCAGCAUAUCCCGGCCGCCUAGUUUUUGUUGUUUUCCAUGUUAUAUCAUUUAAUGCUUUCUGGAAAGUUUAAAGGCUCGGAAAUUCAGCAUGGUUUUUUUUGUAGUUUAACUUUGGUCCAGGGAUUUUUUAAGGUCUCGUUGGAAGCCCAAUGGAUUUUUCCCCCUACCAAAGAAUUCCUGAUUCUAGCAUACUAGUAGUCAAGCCAGUCUUUCACGUCUUUACUAUAUCAUAAUUUUUCCCUUUCUUUGGUUCUUAGUUGAAACCAUAUGUUUCCUACAAGUCGCCAAAAGUGGAAAUCCCUCCACCAACAGCUGAAAGUCUCUUGACAAGCAUAAAAGAGAACAUUCAUUUACUGAAGUACAGAGAAACACCGUAA